UUCUCAAUUUAACUUAUUAACAUGCAUCGAUAUUGACGAACCCUCCGUUAGUUAUAUUGAAUAAUCAUAUUAAAAUAUUAAAUAAUCAAAAAAUAAUGGCCUCAGAUGGCCCCAGCUCGCCCGGUCUACCAGGACGGGAUGAUCUAUCCAUAAGAUCAUCGUCGCCUUUAGGUACUUCAACUGCAGCAUUAGUAGGACGAUCAUCGAAUCCGCUAUCAUAUAAAGUGACAUCUGUACUUUCAACAUCAUACGCAGAUGCCGAGUUCCGCGAGUCUCUUGCUUUGCUAGAUGAGCGUGGCAUCACCAACAGUCCUGAGGCUCGGAGGCAAUUACGUCUUGAUGUCCAGAAGGAGGUUAUCGACAGCAAUGGCAAAAUUAUAUCCGAAUUCGGCCGGGUAGCUGACCAGUUAAGGAGGAUUGGUACUACCAUUGAAAAGCUCAAUAAGAGCUACCAGGAGAUGAGAACCCACGUGAUCACCGCUCACGGCUCGACAUCGACCAUGCUCGAGGAAGCAUCGUCUCUCAUGACUCAGAGACAGAAUAUUGAGACAAAACAACAGGUCUUGAAAGCCUUCCGCGAGCAUUUCGUUCUAUCUGACGAUGAGGUGGCGUCCUUAACUAUAUCAGCCGAGCCUGUCGAUGAUCGUUUCUUUGCUGUCCUAUCCAAGGCAAAGCGCAUCCGGAAGGAUUGCGAGUUCCUACUUGGUUUCGAAAGUCAGACCCUUGGCCUUGAAAUAAUGGACCAAACCUCCAAAUACUUAAACCAGGCUUUUCAGAAAUUGUAUCGCUGGGUUCAGAAGGAGUUUAAGACGCUCAACCUAGAAAAUCCUCAGAUUAAUUCGUCUGUUCGUCGGGCUAUUCGUGUACUUGCUGAACGGCCAUCCCUUUUUCAAAACUGUUUGGAUUACUUUGCAGAAGCUAGAGAGCACAUCCUUUCUGAUGCUUUCUAUCUGGCACUCACGGGAACAUCGGCAUCCGGUGCAAAGGACAACUCUGUAAAGCCGAUCGAGCUAGUAGCUCACGAUACAUUACGUUAUAUUGGAGAUAUGCUGGCGUGGACACAUUCUGCCGCAGUCAGCGAGCGGGAGGCUCUCGAGAUUUUGUUUAUUUCCGACGGAAACGAGAUAGCCAAAGGAAUCCAGGAGGGACGCGAGAACGAGCUGUGGGGAUUAAUGGCCGAUGAGUCAGACGGGCCCGCAGAGUUUGAUGCUGUGAAGGCCCUGAAUGAUUUGGUUGAUAGGGAUGUAUCUGGAGCGGCUCGCAUUCUGAGGCAGCGAGUCGAGCAGGUCAUACAGACCAACGAGGAGACCAUCCUUGCAUACAAAUUGGCGAACCUCCUUGGAUUCUACCGAGUGACGUUUUCGAAGUUGCUUGGCGAAGACUCGGUGCUCCUACAGGCGAUGACCAACCUAGAGUCAGAAGCGUUACGGCAGUUCCGCUCAUUAAUGCGGGAUCACAUCAUAACCCUCGAGGGAGAGUUCCAGCACACGCCGUCAGACCUCGGACCACCGGACUUUCUACAGGAUGCGCUCAAGCAACUCAAUGCCAUAAUGAAGACCUACGAGACCUCGCUCUCCUCGGGAGGCGAUCGCGAGGCCGACUUUGAACCUAUCCUCGCCGAGUCAUUCGACCCCUUUAUGUCAGGCUGCGAAAACAUGUCACGAAACAUCUCGCCCCCUUCCAACUCCAUCUUCCUCGUCAAUUGCCUCCUCGCAGCCAAAAGCGCUCUGAACCCCUUUUUAGAUUUCACGCGCACCCGCGUCGACCGCCUCGCCUCAGCCAUCGACGACCACGCCUCCAAACUCGUCGAAAGCCAGUACGCGUUCUUCCGGACCGAAUCCGCCCUCGAGCCCCUUUUAACGGCCCUAGCGCCUCUUAGCGACACCAAAGAGGAAGACGUCGCCCAGGUCACCUCUCUCGACGCCCUGCGCCCCGAAGCUCUCGCGCAAGCCAGCCAAGGCCUCGACGACUUCCUGCCCUCGGCCGUCAUGGACGCCAUGGAGAACGUCAAGCACCUCCAGGACGCGAAGCUGGCGCGCGAGAUCACGGAGGAAGCCGCGGAUAAGUUCUGCGUGGACUUUGAGCACGUCGAGGAAUUGCUCAUCGCCGCGGACGAGUUAGCCGAGGAGGAGGAGCUGGAGCGGAAAGGCGGGCACGGACACGGACACGUGGGGGCACGUGGGGAAGAAGGGGGAGGAGGGCCUCCGAGUCUCAGGGCGCUGUUCCCUAGGACGACAGGCGAAAUUAGGGUCCUGCUUUCGUGAUACACAAAGACAGAAACAUGACGGGGUAGGGUGGGGUGGAUGGAAGGGGAAGGGAGGCCUAGGCUAGGCGAGGCGAGGAGAGGAUCGAGAGACACGAGGCGGAAAGUGGAGUGGAGUGGAGUGGAGUGGAGUGGGUGCCCAAACACGUGCGGGAGGCUGUUGUUAUGUUACCUACGCUGUUACGUCGUGUCACCG